ACUGCGCCUCUCGGCGUCGUCAGGCGGCUUCAAACAGGCGAGCGGCCGCGUGCGCCACCCAUGCCCGGCAGACGACGCCUUUCGCGCCCUCUCUCUUCCCACGAGCACGCCCGGCCCUUAUCGCCCGGCCAAGGCCUUCCUCGGAGCCAAACAGGGAGUGUGACAAGGACGUGGGCGGAACCUCCAAGGGCGGCGCAUGCGUAUCAGGGCCGUGGAGGGGGUGUGGCGUGGAGCUCGGACCCGGCGCGUCUCCAGGUAUUUUUUGGAAAAUGGAUGACGACGACUUUGGAGGAUUUGAGGCAGCAGAGACUUUUAAGGAUGGAAAUGGUGAACCACAGACUACUUCUCCUGCUAUUCCUUGGGCAGCAUUUCCCACAGUACCUGAAAUCCACAUACCUCAAACAGCUUCAUCUGAGAUUCUUCUGGAGCAGCCUGUCCCAUCUGCGUGCUUUGCUUCUUCUGAUCCAUUUACCUCUUCAGGCUCCAUCAUCACUUGAUCCUUCACUGGAUGUACCAGUUUCCUCUUUGAGUCUGACAGAAAAUUUAGAAACUGCAACGGAUAACGUGGUAAAGCUGGAAUUAAAUGAAUCUAAGAAGCAUCUUCAGGAAACUCUUUCAAGUCUUGAAGUUAAACUUAGGAUAGCUGAUGAAGAAAAAUGCCGAAUAAAAAAGGAGUUCGAAGAGCUUUUGGAAAAAUACAGGAUUCUGGAAACAGAUUUCCUGAAAGAAAAAGAGGAUAAAUUAAUUUCAUACCAGGAUAGGUACAACAAACUCCAGGAGAAGCAUAAGCUUGAGUUGGAAGACUUAAGAAGAGCUGGCCAGGAGGCUUUGGCUAUUAUUGUGGAAGAAUUCAAGGCCUUACUGCAGUCCAUAGUUGAGCAGCGCGAAGAAGCCAUUGAAAAGCAGUAUGUAUCUGCAGUUGAGAAACAAGCACAAAAGUGUGAAGAGCUGCUUCUCGCUCAGCAUCAAAGGCUACUUGAUAUGUUGGACAAGGAACGCAAAGUGUUGGAAGAGAAAACAGAAGAAUCCUUAUUACAGCAGUCUCAGAAAUAUAAGGAAAUGCUGGAAAAAUGUAUGGAAAAUGAAAGGCAACACAAUAUGGAGGCUUUGGUGGCAGCUGCAAAGAAUGAAAAAGAGGACAUGGAGGCUGCCAUAAUAAAAGCAGUAAAAAAAGAAAGGGAAAGGAUGGAAAAGCUUCAUGCAGAAGAAAAGGAAAUGUGGCAAGCAGAGCGAAACAAAGAUCAUGAAAAAGUUGCUCAAACAAUCACAGAUGUAGUGCGGGAACAAAGGCAAAAUGCUCAGGCAAUGGUCAAAGCAGCAAUCCUGGAAGAACAAAAAAGAAGUGAGAAAGCGGUAGAAGAAGCUGUAAAGCAAACUCAAGAAGAAUUAAUGGAAUAUAUUAAGGAACAGAAAAGGCUUGAUCAAGUUAUCCGUCAACGUAGCCUAUCCAGUUUGGAACUCUUCCUCUCUUGUGCACAGAAACAGCUGACCUCUUUGUUGCAUGAAGAACCUACAACAACAGAGGGCGAACAAGAGAAACUGUUCUUGUAAACUGACAGUCCAUCUAGAUGGUUCCGAUGAUUUCUUUGAGAAAUUAGGAAUUGACUAGGCUAUUGAUUCAGGUUGAGUCAAUGGGCCUCAUUUGUUGUAAAUCAUUGUUUCUAUUACCUAUCAAGCUAAAGGCCAUAUUAAAUUUCAUCCAAUUAUGUAUUAAAGGAAAAUGAGAUUUACAGCUACACACUGUUUUUGUAUAAUUUCAGUAAUGAAUGAAGAAUGCAAUAAUUGACAAGUACCAAUUAUCAACGUAUAAAGCUGAUUGAGAUGA